AUGAAAGUUGGAAGGAAAUCGUUCAAUGUCACUGACCCAGUCAAUUGUCUAUGCUACGAAUUUCUUUUCCAUUGGUUUUCGUUCACAGAUUCGGAGGUUAGAAACAUGACUCGCAAACGCCGUAAUGGAGGACGCGCCAAGCACGGCCGUGGCCACGUGAAAGCUGUGAGGUGCACCAACUGCGCGCGUUGCGUGCCGAAGGACAAGGCGAUCAAAAAAUUCGUGAUUAGGAAUAUCGUCGAAGCCGCCGCUGUCAGAGACAUUAACGAAGCCUCCGUAUAUGCAUCAUUCCAGCUCCCGAAGCUGUAUGCUAAGCUCCACUACUGCGUUUCAUGCGCAAUCCACAGCAAAGUAGUGCGCAACAGGUCGAAGAAGGACAGGAGGAUCCGUACGCCACCCAAGAGCACCUUCCCCAGGGACAUGCAGCGCCCACAGAACGUGCAGAGGAAGUGAAGUGAUUAACAAUAAAAUGUAAAAAUCAAAA